AGGAGUCCGGGCCCCGUUUGAAGAUGGCGGCAAACGCGGACGAGUCCGACUCUGUGCAGUGCGCCGAAGCGGAUCUCAUGCCGGUGGAAGUUGACAAUUCCUGCAUACAGGAGACGGUGGAGGAGGUGGGGGCCGCUUCGGAAGAUGACCCCGUGAGGAACCUGGGCCAGGUGGAGCUGCAGUGCGGCAUCUGCCUCAAGUGGUUCACAGCCGAGAGCUUCGACAUCGACACGUCGAAUUGCUUGCCGUUUAUUACCAACUAUGUCUUCCACUGCAACAUCUGCCACCACAGUGGCAACACGUACUUCCUGAGGAAACAGGCCACUCUCAAGGAGAUGUGCCUCACUUCCCUCGCCAACCUAACCUGGAAGUCGCGCACACAGGACGAGCACCCAAAAACCAUGUUCUCCAAAGAGAAGGACAUCAUUCCAUUCAUCGACAACUACUGGGAGUGUCUGACCAUUCGGCCGCGGCCUAACAAGCUCACCUGGCCAAACAACAUUGUCAAAGCAAUGAGCAAGGAGCGCGAUGUAUUUUUGGUGAAGGAGGGCCCAGACCCUGGCAGUCGGGAGCUUGAAGGAGACUACCCCAAGUUUGGCCUCCUGGAUCAGGACCUCGGGAGCAUUGGCCCAACGUAUGACGCGCAGAAGCAGGUUGUGCCCGUGGCCAGUGGGGGUGUUAAUGGCCGAACCCUAACCCCAACCCCAGGAAGCGUGCAGGUUGGUGUUGGGAAGGGGCGCGGAGCCAAGCGCAAGCAGGAAGGAGCGACCGGCAAUACGUCCAAGCGCACAAGAAACGACCCGCUGUUCCAGUCGCAGCGUCUGCCCCCCCAUGGCUACCCGCUGGAGCACCCAUUCAACAAGGACGGCUAUCGUUACAUCCUGGCGGAGCCCGACCCCCACGCGCCCGACCCCGAGAGGAUUGAGCUGGAUUCCUGGGCCGGGAAGCCGAUCCCCGGGGAUCUGUACCGCGCAUGCCUCUACGAGCGCGUGCUGCUCGCGCUGCACGACCGCGCUCCCCAGCUGAAGAUAUCCGACGACCGUCUGACGGUGACGGGCGAGAAGGGCUACGCGACGGUGCGUGCAUCGCAUGGCGUGCGCCGUGGAGCCUGGUUCUUCGAGGUGCGCGUCGACACGCUGCCGGCCGACACAGCUGCCCGGCUGGGCUGGAGCCAGAGCCUCGGUAACCUGCAGGCUCCACUUGGCUUCGACAAGUUCAGCUACUCGUGGCGCAGCAAGAAGGGGACCAAGUUCCACCAGUCGCGUGGGAAGCACUACUCCGAGGGCUACGAGCAGGGAGAUACACUGGGCUUCUACAUCGACCUGCCCGAUGACACGGUCACCGCCAAUGCCCUGCCCGACACCUACAAGGACAAGGCCUUGAUCAAAUUCAAAAGCUACCUCUACUUUGAGGAGAAAGAUUUGGUGGAAAAAGCAGAAAAGGACUUGCGGCAGACUCCCGGCAGUAAGAUCACUUUCUUUAAGAACGGAAAGAGCCAGGGAGUUGCGUGGGAGGAUGUGUUUGAAGGCGUCUACUUUCCAGCCAUAUCCCUCUAUCGCAACUGCACAGUGUCCAUUAACUUCGGACCGCACUUCAAGUACCCACCAAAGGGGCUUGAUUUUCAGCCGGUGAGUGAUAUGGGCCGUCGUGCCGUGGUGGAGCACAGUCUGGCCGACCUUCUCUUCCACACGGAGACUGAGGUGGACGGGAGGCGCAGCCCCGCAUGGGAGCAGUAGCUGACGGCUCACGACGGCUCACGAUGGCUCACGACGGCUCACGACGCCUAUCGCCACCGUAGCCGCCCGGGAAUCUCGCAGAGCACUUGGAAGAGAAGCGGUCGUAAGAGCGUGGGUGCGGUGGGGGGGGAGGAAGUGUUGCCCCACCCAGCACCUUUAUUGGGAGUUGUGACCUCAUAAGCUUCGGUUCAAGCGUUUGGGGGUUCAGGGGAAGCGAGGCACAAAGCAGAAAGGGGAAUGACUGUGGAAGGGCUGGAUUACUUUAGGAAGUAGGUGGUGAAGGGAAACGGGCGAGAGAAUCCCACUUGGGAGGAGUAGGUCAUAGGGCAAGGUGGGACCGGAUGCUGAACCUGUGGUGCAUUUUUGUAUUUUGAGACUUUGUGCGGCGUUGGCACUUACAGUGGACUAAGGUAGGCAGACGCGGGAGAGAGCGGUGCUCGAUAUGGGCUUAGCUUAGAGGGAUUGGUGUCUAGAUGGGAGAGAUGGGGAUUAGAAGUUAAAGUCAGGUACAUUGAUUCAGAUCCUCUUCCAAAUAAGUGGCAGGUCUGGCUGGCUGAACGCAGGUGCAGGUGCUCCUGGGAAUGUAGUUGAAUUGUUUAAACCUCAUUUAUCGGUCACCUUCCAAUUUCUGAUUUUUUUUGUGGCUCUUCUGAAAUGACUGUGUUGCCCUAAUUAGUAAAACGUGAAACAUAGGCCAACCUUUCCAACAGAUGACUUGAAGAAACAAAUGUCUUGUGAAAUACACAGGAGUUUUAAUGUAGUCCGUGCAACCGUGCACUAUUAAUGUGUGCCUACUGGCGGUUUGGCUAUUAGCUUAGCGUAACUUAUUCACUCACGGAGGGGGGUGGGGGCAGUCAUUUCAGAGUGAAGUUUUAAUCUCACUACGUAGGGUGUUGCUGUGCUCCCUCUGACACAGGUUUGCGCUCUAGCUGCCUUGAACAAGGGAGGGUUUCAUUGACAGAUACCUCAUUUCAGUUUAACAUUACGUUUCCUGCUACUACAAUGGCUGUACUGUUACUGAAAAUCUAUGUAUUUAUUGAUCCAUGUAGACUACAGUGCUCGGUUAUGAGAUACCUGUAGCAGCACACGCAUCGCCAGGCAACAUUUUUACUUGUAGGCGUUUGCCGAAGUUGUGCAACGUCCUCCGUCUUCUGUUUAAAAAAGGCUGCAGUCUUGAAUGUCUUAUGCGCUCCAGCAGUAACAAUGAAACAUUAAAGUGUGAGCUGUAUUGAGAGUAGCCAAAGAUAAGCCUUUGCUAGUAUUUGUACAUUGGUGUUGAGCUGUUUGGGGAAGCCCUCUCGGAUGACAACUCGCUUCUAUUUCCCGUAUCCUCAGACCCUUGUAUAUACAGUAGUAACAUUAUGUUUCGAACACCACCAACACGGUUUCGUACAGGAUCCACAAAGUUGUCUGGUAGUCGGGUCCCCCUAGUUUAAUUAAAUAAUGGGACUGGCGUUUCAAGUAGCAGUGUUAAGCCAAUUUAAACAAAACCUGGUAUUGUAAAAAGUAUUUACAUUUCAUUAAGUGUCACUGGUAAUAAGUCUGACUAUGGGGAGAUAUGUGAAGGUCUUUUGUUUUUAAGAUGGAACCACCAUUGUAUUGUCUCAAAUAUGUGUUACAGUGCCACGACAGCCUCUAUAUACAUGUUUUUAAAAACACUAUUAAUAGGGUAGGUGAAUUUCAGGUUAUGUCCCAAUUGACGCUGCAGGCAUAGCACGUGGAGCGCGUUUGCCCAUGUCUGAUUUUAAACUGUUGGGGCGCAAGACCGAACAUGCGAUCUGAGCGUUGAAAAUGUUCUGGCAUGCCUUGUUGCUUGAAGCGACACUUGGGAUUUAACCCAAACAUGUCGCAUGCCCAACCGGCAAAUGUGCGACCAUCGGUGCUUCUGUUUUCCAUUUGCCUGAGUUUUAUAACGAGCAAGGGAAACCUCGGAGGUCCGAGAGGGCGUGUGUCUUGGCUGCCACCACCGCCAACAUGUAAUGUUCUGCCAGCAGUAGAAGCAGGGCUGCAGUGCACGGUGCUGCCUUGCCGACGCGCAUUCCAGCGUCAUAGUGUUACGCAGUCUGCGACUUAGCAGUGUCUAACUCUUCCAUGUAUUAUAUUGGUGGUGUAUUUGAAGGUCACCAGUUCACAAUGAAGUAAGGCAGUGUGUUUUUUUUUAAAAUGCGUUCGCGUACACGUUACUACUGUUGUACACUAUUCAGGUGUCGAUUAUGGCUGUCUCGUGUGCAUUUUUGCUGGGCGUAAAAAUGUCGAUGUUGAAAUGAAACAGUUGCCUCGACAUAAGUGGUCCAAUAAUGUACUUUUGCUUAAAAACGCACAAAGUGAAAUAAACGUGAGCAG